AUGCAUGCGCAGUCUCUCAUAGUGUACAUCUGUGCGCUCUUCGCCCUUGCCGGCGUUUCGGCGGCCGAUGUCCAGAAACGCUCGUUCAGCGUCAACAGAGUGGCCAACCCCAACUUCACCGGGCGCAAUGGGCCCCGGGCGCUCGUGAGGGCGUACAGGAAGUUCCUGAUGCCGCUGCCCGACGGCCUGGUGGACGCCAUGGAGGCGCAGGACAAGCAGCAGGCUGCCGCCCGGCUCAGGAGGAGCAUUCCCGAGUCGUUUCGGCCCCUCAGGCUGAGGCAGCCUGACCGAAGAGGGCUGCUGGACGACUUGCUGGGGGGCCUGGACAUGAAGGGCGGGAAGCAAGACGGCAACCAGGGCGGCAACGGAGGCAACGGAGGCAACGGAGGCAACCGGGAUGGCAACGGAAACGGCAAUAACGGCAAUGGUGAGCAGAACGGGAACCGGAAAGGCAAUGGAAACGGUAGCAACGGCAACCGGGGCGGGAAUGACGACAACAACGGCAACAGAAACGGCACAGUCGGCGCCCCCUCCAACAGCACGGCGCCCGGGACGAACCAGACGGGAAGUACGGUGGCCGACCCGGAGAGAAACGACGCCGAGUUCAUCUCGCCCGUCAAGAUUGGCGGCCAGACCAUCAACCUCGACUUUGACACGGGCUCGUCGGACCUGUGGGUGUUCAACACGCAGCUCGGGCCGGGGGUCGACGCCGGCCACCGCGUCUUCGACCCGAACCGGAGCCAGACGUUCCAGCCCAUGCAGGGCGCCACCUUUAACAUCUCGUACGGCGACGGCUCCGGGGCCGUGGGCAACGUGGGCACCGACGUCGUCGACGUCGGCGGCGCCAGCUUCCCCAACCAGACGGUCCAGCUGGCCACCAGGGUCUCGGCGUCCUUCGCCCAGGACCGGGACAACGACGGCCUCAUGGGGCUGGCCUUUUCCAAGAUCAACACGGUCAAGCCCGUCAGGCAGGCGACCUUCUUCGACAACGUCAAGGACUCGCUCGCCGAGCCCGUCUUCACGGCGGACCUGCGCAAGUCGGCCCGCGGCUCCUACGCGUUUGGCAGCAUCGACGAGUCCAAGUUCAAGGGCCCCAUGGCCUGGAUCCCCGUCAACAGCAGCCAGGGCUUCUGGCAGUUCAGCAGCGAGAAGUUCGCCGUCAACGGCGGCCAGCCCCAGGCCUCGACGCCCGGCGGCCAGGCCAUUGCCGACACGGGCACCUCGCUCAUGCUCGCCGACCCCGUCGUGGUCGAGGCCUACUACUCCCAGGUCGAGGGCGCGCAGAACAACCGCCAGCAGGGCGGCGUCACGUUCCCCUGCAACGCAAAGCUGCCCGACUUGGACGUGGACAUUGGCGGCGUUUACAUGGCCAAGGUGCUCGGGACCGACAUGGUCUUUGCCGAAGUGGGCAACGGCGAGUGCUUUGGUGGUUUGCAAGCCAGCCCGGCUCCCAAGUUUGCCAUUUACGGCGACAUCUUCUUCAAGUCCCAGUUUGUCGCGUUCAACGGGGGCAACGCCAGCUUGGGCAUGGCUCCUCACGCGUGA